UCUUUCGAUUCUACUGCAUGUGUGUCAAAGCUUUGUACACUUGCUUGUUGAAAUGGUUUGUGCUAAAGAAAAGAGGACCGAAGUCACUGACACGUGGUUCACUUUUUAUUGAAGGACUUCUGUGGGGAAAGGUGGUUUUUAAGGAAGAACGUGUCGUUAAUGUAUUGUUUAUAACAUGCGAUGGGCGGCGACGGGAGUAAAAAUAAGGCUUCUUCAUCACUGGUGAAGAGGAGAUCCCUGUCCUGUCACCAGGGCUUUCUGUCUGUCCCGGCUCAGCUUGUUCAUCAUGGUCUAUUUAGACGCAGCGGCCAGUGCAGAGAAUACCCUGUCUCUGAGCAAUCACAGCCCUCAGACUCAAACCCCGAGGGUCCUCAUGCGAACUGGACACUGCCGGGCUUUAUUUCCAUCUUCCUACCGGAGUUUCCUCACAGGUUUACUAGACAAGUGGAUUUACAGAUCCUUGGUUUUAUAGCUAAAGGCUCGUUUGGUCCAAUCCUGAAGGUGAAGGAUGUGUCUAAAGAGGAGACCUAUGCUGUUAAGGUUUUACCCAAAGCUGCGGUUCUGAGACACGGAGUCCUCCAGCAGUCCAAGGAGGAGGUGAUCAUUCAACGACAAGUCAGACAUCCUUUCCUGCUCAGUCUGCGGGACUGUUGGCAGAGCCAGAGCAAUCUCUUCAUCAUGUGUGAUUACUGUAGCACUGGAGAUCUCUACACUUACUGGACACUGAAGGGCUUGUUUGAGGAGACGGACGUUCGAGUGUUUGCUGCUGAAUUGGGCUCUGCUUUAGGUUUUCUGCACAACUUUGGAAUAAUACACAGAGAUGUGAAGAUGGAGAACAUUCUUCUGACUGAUAAAGGUCACCUCCGCCUGACUGAUUUUGGUCUGUCUCGCCGUCUCGAGCGUGGGGAACGAGCUUUUACUAUCUGCGGCACAAUACAGUACAUGGCUCCUGAGGUCCUGAGCGGGGGUCCGUACAGCCAUGCGGCAGAUUGGUGGUCUCUUGGGAUUCUUCUCUACGCAUUAGCCACUGGAGAGUUUCCUCUGGCAGCAGAAGUAGAUCACGCUGUAAUGCUGAGCAGAGUCAGUGAGGGCCUGUAUGAGAUGCCUGUGAGCCUCAGUCCUGCUCUGGCCUUCCUGCUUAUAGAGCUCCUGUGCAAGAUCCCCACUCGUCGCCUGCGCUGCCUGGAGCACUUUCAAAGCCACAAGUUCUUCCAUGGCAUGUCUUUUGAUUCCCAGCUGCUUCAGAGAAAUCCCAUUGAGCCGAUCCUUGCACUGAAGACCCACCCUGACCUUCGGGAAAGGUCAAUGCGAGGUUUAUCCCUAGACCUGCUUCAGAAUUUUGAGUGUGACCUGCUGAACUCUCCCUCCACCCCUACAGAUUUAUCCCCUACCUUGAUGAAGAUUCAGGUGAAUGAAUAUAAAACAGAGUCUCAAACAAAAGCAACUGGAACUAAUUCUGCUUGAAAAAGGUUGAGACACUUUUUCCUCUCCAUUAUGGUACAUGCAUCGUCCCUCCAAAAAAAAAAAAAAGACACAAGGCACAUAUGAAUUAAUCGGUGUAGCUAGCCAAUCAAAAACUAGGAUUUUUUGCUACUGUUUUUGUGCAGUUCAAUUUAGAAAUUAGGAGUAAAUAUUCAGAAAGUGGAACCUCCAUUUUGAGUAUUUUUCUAAUAGUAGAACUUCUGGGUUUUGUACAUUUAGGUUCUUUGUAUAUUUUCUUGUUUUUUUAGAUUAUUUUUAUAUUUAAAGCAGUUACAGCGAUGCCCUGGUUACAAUGAUAUCAUGAGAGUGAUAAUAUUAACAAAAUGAUAAUUACAAAGAUAAAGAAUAAAGUAUUGAAUUAAUUAAUAAUGAAAUUAAUUAAUGGAUUAUUCAAUGAAUGAAUAAAUAAAUAAUAAUUAAAUUAAUUAAUGUAAACUAAUUCCGUUGUUUUGCAAUCAGUGUUUUGAGUAAAUGCAUUGAAAUACUUGACUUCUGAAUGAAUCAAUGUUUUGAAUGAAUCAACUGAGAGACUAAUUCAGUUACUUGUAAGAUAUGUCACUUGUUUUGUUUCUGAAUGAAUCAGCGUUUUAAAUGAAUCAGAGAUAAUCAUUCAGUAUGUGCUCCUGAAGACUUGUCAUUUGUCUAAUUCUUGAAUGAAUCUGUGUUUUGAAUGAAUCAGUUAAGAUAAUAAUUUAGUGUUUGCCUAUGAAGUUGUCAUUUGUUUCACACCUGAAUGAAUCAGUUGAGUGAAUUAGAUAAUGUCUUUCCUAAACUAUCACUUGCUUUGCUUCUGAAUGAAUCAGUGAUUGGCAUGAAUCUUGUCUUUUGAUUCUCUCCUGAAUAAUUCAGUAUUUGCCUACGAAUAUGCUAUUUGUUUUACUCCUGAAUGAAUCAGUGUUUUGAAGGAGUCAGUUACGAUAAUUAUUCAGUAUUUGCUCCUGAAGAUGUGCCACUUGUUUCACUCCUGAAUGAAUCAAUGUUUGGAAUGAAUCAGUUGAGAUAAUCAUUCAGUAUUUGCUCCUGAAAAAUGUAUUGCUUUUUUCAUUCCUGAAUGAAUCAGUGUUUUGAAUCAUUCUAUUGAGAUAAUCAUUCAGUGUUUGCUCACGAAGAUGUCAUUUGUUUUACUCCUGAAUGGAUCAGUUUACUAGCUUAUGAAAAUGUGUCACUUGUUUUGCUGCUGAAUGGAUACUUGAAUCAGUUGAGUGAAUCAUUCAAUGACUCUCUCAUUUACUUUCUUGCUUGUUUCUGAAUGUUUUAGUAUUUUGAAAAACAGUUACGCGAGUUAUUCAAUGAGCCCCUUACUUGUUUUGCUCUUGAAUGAAUCAGUGUUUUAAAUGAAUCAAUUAAGAUAAUCAUUCAGUAUUUGUUAAUGAACAUGUCACUUGUUUCACUCCUGAAUGAAUCAGUGUUUCAAAUUAAUUGGUUGAGAAAAUUGUUGACUACUUACUCGAACAGAUUUUUUACUUGAUUCACUACCGAAUAAAUCAGUGUUUUGAAUGAAUCAGUUGAAAUAAACAUUCAGUAAUUG